GUGGAAGAGUGGCUCUUUCAAGUUGAUCAGAACCUCAGCCCGGAGGGGUUCCAGCUCCUGAAGGUGCUGUACCUCAACACACUUCAGUUCCGUACGCUCUCCGACCAAGUAAAUCAGCCCCACAAGUUACACGGCGCGCUGAGCAGCGACUGGAGCGCGGAGGGGGAACAAGACGGGGGCGGACGCGUGCUGGAGUCGGCGCGCAUGUCUCCUCGGGACUCACUUUCGCUUUUCGUCCAUCGCCUCCGCGUGUUGGUGCCUCCUGCGCAAACUGAGUUGCGCGAUCGUAAGGGCCUCGGAGCGCAAGAGUGCCUCGAUCGCUUACCCCUCGGCCUCUCCACUCCAUCUUCCUUCCUCACCGUUGAAAUUUCACAAGAGUCUAAGAUGCUAGAAUGCCUCGUGAAGACUUACGUCAUCCUGACCCCGCGACCGCAGCGCGUUGCGCUCAUGAGGAACCUCGGUCAGAAAACGGAUACACACGCAGAUAAUCUCACCACUUACCAGCUAUUCGGACGAUUCUUCGCCAUCUACAAAGCUAGAAUCGCAGAGGGUGUAGAUGUGUUUGCCGAUGCCCUCGGAGAUGUCAACUCUCGCUCAGCGUGCGUUGAAUUUGAGGCACAUUUGACAGCCUCAAGAAUUCCCCAUGAACCAAUACGAAUCCCAGGUGAGGAUAAAGUAGACGAAGAGCUAGUAUCACAAGUGGACCCACUACUAAAGCAGCAAGAGCGCAGGCGAGAUAAAAAAACAAGGAAGGUUGCUCGAAAGUCAGCCGUGAUUUGCCUCUGUCACUGCAUUCCAAUUCUUGUGGGGCUAGUCCUGUUUUCCAUCGGAGUGGGUAUUCUUUCAACCCACGUCCCUCCCGCUGAAGAGAAAGAAACGAUUGAAACCUCGAGUCACGAUCAGAUGCGCUGCCCUGCUCCACAUGGGGGUGUCCGUCCACAGCCAAUCCGUGUCGGAAAGUUCAACAGCUUUUGGUACGAGUCAGUGACGGCUGCCCAACUUGCAGGUGAUUUGUACUUUACACUGACGGCAAACGUGUACCUGAUCCCUGAGAAGAAGCUCCCCAUUCGCACGCAGAAGUACACGUGCUCGUGCAAUCAGUCUAAUUGUGAAUACCUCUAUCUUCGUUAUUUUUAUCUUCUGGAAGGUUCGAGUGUCGAUUUCUCGCUGAUUGUCAACUCCACCAGCACAACAAAUCCUGGCUUUGUUAACCUCACAAUAUGUGACAACUACGUCGACUUCAAUGGAGGUGACUGCUCACUGCAAUAUCCUGUAACUGUCCGACCACACGAAACAGGCAAGGCAUUUAAGACACGGUUUACUGCUCCCAAAGACAGCUAUUACUUUGUAACGACUUACAAUCAGUUUUCAAUGAAUGCCCUUAUCCACUCUUACCAAGUCGACGUUGAGAUGAAAUACCUGAAUGAAAGUGACUUUGGAACAAAUGUAGCUGCUCACUUCAGUCAGACAGAAUCGCAAGGCAUUUCCAAGCAGAUAUUUGACAACAAUGGGCUUACAAGUGCAACGAAUUAUGUAAUUGUGGCAACAUUUGACGGUAGGGGAGCUUUUGGUAAAAUGAGGGUUACAAAACACCACAGAAACUUGGUUUAUGUUGUCCCGGCAAUAGCUGCGUUGUCA